UGAAUGCUUUUUUUAUCUGCUUUUUAUUUUUUUAGAGGGUUCAUUCAAUGUACUUUUUCUCGUUCUUAGAAAACUCUUGGAAAAAUAAAAGCUGAAUUGAUUUUGACAGCCAUUCCCCACACAGACUCAUGUCAAAGCGAAUCAAGCAUGUUCACGCCAAUCUUGAAGUUCAUGCGAAACAUUUAAAGCGACAAUUGGAGUCUCUUGAAAAGGACAAUCACCAAUCGUUGAACGAUGUUGAAGGUCUCAUUAGUAUUGCGCUGGCAGCUCAAGAAGAUGAAGGUAAAUGACACUACUCUACUGUUUCCGAAACAAAAAUUGUCAACACAUCAUUUUUUCUUUCCAUGAAAUAAAACAAGGUCUACCACGUAAAUCGAGAGGCAGAAGUAGCAAUAUAUACUCGACAAAAACAAACUUGAAUACAAUGUUGGAAGAAAGUCCUGUCACUACCUAUUGCUAUCAGACAUGUCAAGUAGAGCCCUCCAUGUUCCCAGCUAGAAAAUUCUGCUCAGUGUGCGGUUUUCAAAGUACGUACAAGUGCUUACGAUGUGGAAUGAAAUAUUGCUCGACAAAAUGUUUAUCAACGCAUUUAGAAACAAGAUGCUUAAAAUGGACAGCCUGAAUAAAUUGUUCCCUGCUGAUGUUGGAUAACAUUUAUUACGGCCUCUAUA